GAAGCAGAUUUGGGGGCGGAUCUAGUAGGAGCAGUACAAAAUAGGUGCGUGCGACUCACCCUCCGGCGCUCGAUUCAGGAUGUCCGGCCGCCACGAGAAGGAGAAAGGCGUCAACGUCCAGGUCCUUCUCCGAUGCAGGCCUUUUAGCGACGACGAGUUGCGGAGUAACGCGCCGCAGGUGAUAACGUGUAAUGAAUAUCAGAGAGAGGUGGCUGUGUCUCAGAGCAUUGCCGGCAAGCAAAUCGAUAGGGUCUUCACUUUUGACAAGGUGUUUGGUCCUAAUGCGCAGCAGAAGGAUCUCUAUGACCAAGCUGUGAUUCCUAUUGUACAUGAAGUCCUGGAAGGCUUUAACUGUACCAUUUUUGCGUACGGGCAGACCGGUACAGGGAAGACUUACACAAUGGAGGGUGAAUGUAAAAAGGCAAAGGCUGGGCCUAAGGGAGAAUUGCCUCCUGGAGCUGGAGUUAUUCCGAGGGCAGUCCAGCAGAUUUUUGAUACCCUUGAGGGCCAGUGUGCGGAGUACAGUGUGAAAGUCACGUUUUUGGAGCUUUAUAAUGAGGAGAUUACUGAUCUGCUAGCCCCGGAAGAGCUGUCUAGAGUUUCUGUGGAGGAUAAGCAGAGAAAGCAGUUGCCUUUGAUGGAGGAUGGGAAAGGUGGAGUUCUUGUAAGAGGUCUGGAGGAGGAAAUUGUGACCAGUGCUAGUGAGAUUUUUACUCUUCUUGAAAGAGGUUCUGCGAAACGUCGUACUGCCGAAACUUUAUUGAACAAACAAUCUAGUCGGUCACAUUCUCUUUUUUCCAUCACAAUACACAUCAAGGAAGCAACUGCAGAAGGUGAGGAGCUCAUCAAGUGUGGAAAGUUGAACUUGGUUGACUUGGCUGGCUCAGAGAACAUAUCUCGCUCGGGUGCUAGAGAGGGUCGUGCACGAGAAGCCGGUGAAAUCAACAAAAGUCUUCUGACCUUAGGGCGAGUUAUCACUGCUUUAGUGGAGCAUCUUGGGCAUAUUCCAUACAGGGAUAGCAAGCUUACUAGGUUACUUCGUGAUUCACUUGGGGGAAGAACCAAGACUUGCAUAAUAGCUACAGUCUCACCGGCUGUCCAUUGUCUGGAAGAAACCCUGAGCACGUUGGAUUAUGCACACAGGGCCAAAAAUAUAAAAAACAAGCCUGAGGUGAAUCAAAAGAUGAUGAAAUCAACACUCAUUAAGGAUCUAUAUGGUGAAAUUGAACGGCUUAAGGCAGAGGUGUAUGCUGCACGUGAGAAGAAUGGUGUCUAUAUCCCAAAGGAGCGAUACUAUCAGGAGGAAAGUGAAAGGAAGGCUAUGGCUGAUCAGAUUGAGCAAAUGGGCGUAACCCUAGAAACGCACCAAAAGGUUUGUUGCUGGGCUAUUUGUUAUAUUAUGGGACUUAGCCCGUUCAUUGUGUUGGUGUGGCUGGUAUGUAACCAUAUGGUUUGUGUUGAACAGAAAUUUGAGGAGUUGCAGGAUAAAUAUGUAGGUCAGGUUCGACAGUGUCACGAUUUGAGUAGCAAACUUGAUUCCACUGAGAAAACAUUGGAUCAUACUGCUAAAAUGCUAUCCAACACUGAGGAAGACUUGAUGAGAUGUCGCUAUGCUUUGAAAGAGAAAGAUUUCAUUAUAUCUGAGCAGAAAAAAGCCGAAACUGCUUUGACUCUUCAAGCAUGCACUUUGCAGUCUGACUUGGAGAAAGCACUCCAGGACAAUGCUUCAUUGUUCCAAAAAAUUGGUAGAGAGGACAAGUUGAGUGCUGAUAAUAGGUUGGUAGUGAAUAGUUACCAGGAAGAUCUUACCAAGCGAGUUGGUUCUCUUUGCCAGUUGGUAGAAACUUCAAUGGCCUGCCAGACUGAACACCUUGAGGGUGUUGAGAACCUCUGUCAGUCCUUCUUAUUGGCCCACGAAAAGGCGGUUAUGGAACUGAAGAAGAAAGUUGCAUCUUCCAGGGGUUUGUAUGUUUCUCACAUCGAGGCAGUGCAAAACGUUGUGCGUUUUCACAAGGCAAACUCUAAUGCUGGUCUGGACAAAAUUUUAUCUUUGGCUUCUGCCAAUGCACAUUCUAUUGAAGAAUUUCUAGCUUCGGAGGCUGGUGAAGCAGCUUCAAUAUUUCAGAAUCUUCUUAGUGGCCUUUCAACACAGCAGGGAGAGAUCACACUUUUUGCAAAGGAGUUGAAACAGAAAUUCCAGUCUAGCAUUAAUCAUACAAAAGAAAUUUCCGAGUACUCACAAGGAUUUCUACACAAGCUAAUGGAAGAAUCAAGAAGGCUUGACGAUCAUGUGACAAGUGUUAAUGAUAUCAAGAUGAAGAGCAUUGCUGAUUUUCAAAAGGCUUAUAAUGACCAGUCAAAAUCUGAUGCCGAGAAGCUUAUUGCCAAUAUCUCCAAUUUGGUAACCAAUCACAUUUGUCGUCAAAAAGAGAUGGUGGAUGCCAAGCUUGUUGAUUUCAGAGAAAGUGCAAUUGCAGACAAGUCUUUCUUGGAUGGGCACGUUGCCACCAUGGAUGGUAUCUCCACAGAUGCAAAACGAAAAUGGAUGGAAUUUUCUAUGCAGGCAGAGAAUGACGCUAAGGAUGGUGUUGAUUACUCUGCUGCAAAGCAUUGCCGCAUGGAGGUACUUCUGCAGCAAUGUGUAAGCACUGCUGAUUCAGCUGCGAAGCACUGGACAAAGACACAGGACUCUGUGAAUGAGAUGGGAAGUAAACAUGUCUCAGCUAUGGGGUCACUUAUCAGGAAUGCUUGUGAUAGUAAUGAACAACAUGACGUUGAAAUUAAUUCAACGAGGAAUGGUGUUGGGCAAGAUGUGGCAAAGGAUAGUGAGGAUGUCCUUCAGCAUGUAGAAAGUAUGGAUAAGCAGGAGCAGGAAUCUAUAUCUGGGAUUUUGGAGAUUGUCAAGGUUCAAUCGACAACCCUCCAGAUUUUCCAAGAGGAUCACUCCGAGCAAGCUGCUUCAAUUGAACAGACGGCUCGUGAUACCUUCCAGAACCAGUAUAUGGAUUAUGAACCCUGUGGUACUACACCAGAAAAGGCUGAACCAGAAGUUCCAAGCAAGGGAACAAUCGAGUCACUACGAGCCAUGCCAAUGGAAGCUCUUGUUGAGGAAUUCCGGGAAAAUAAUUCAUACGAAUCAUUUGAUGUGAAGGAGCUGAAACCUUCUCUUAUACCUCGAUCGCCACUUACACAACUAAACUAAUGCCGGCGUGAUGUGAUUCUAUCUCAGUGCAUGAAAUUCUGUAAUUUGUAUCUGUAUCAUUGUUGUGCACUUUCAUUGCCUCGAUACAAGUAUGAAGUAAUACAAUGUGGCCUUGGCUUGCCCCUUGUGCAGUCAUUGUGCCUAUAAAUCCAGUCUUUGGAUUUAGCAGUGUAGCUCUCGUAUAGGAUGGGAAAUGUAUAUUGGGGCGCCUACAUGUUGUUAAGUUAAUUUCCCCCAAUGCUGUGUUUCGGAAUACUUCAGCCUUUUCAGUCUACCUUUGGUUCUUAUGUGCUACAGCAUUGUAUUUACAUUUUCAAUAUUAAGAAUGUCUAGUUUCUAUGU